AUGAAUAUUAUUGCUUCUACAUUUUAAGACUUUUAGGAACUUUCGAUUUGUAAUUGUGUUUAAAUUUCUCCUAAAGUAAUUGAUAGCAUGGAUAUUCAAUAUCUGAAAUACUAAAUAUUCACCACCUAAUAUGCUAAUUGUGAUUCUUUUAUUUUUGCAGGUUGGUUUAGGAUACAGGAAAUAAUUUAAUUAGACUAGGAAUUCACAUAUCAUUUUUUAAAUUUAAAGCAUAAUUUUGAAAAUCUGCAACUCUCAAACAAAAAUUUAUCACCUUUAUAACUAUUCUAUAAAAUAUCGCCCAUCUAAAAUAAAAUAACUAUUACAACAUAUAAUUAUACUUUUCCUAGUGUAAAUAUUGAUUUUUCAAAUGAUCCUUUUCUCAUCACUAGAAAUUUGGAUAUAAAUAAUAAUAUCAAAUUAUGGCAUAAAAUAUUUGUUAAGCAAUCUUAAUAAUAAAUGAUCAUAAAUUUUGACUUUUUUGAGUAAAAUAAAGUAUAUACAUAUGAAAUAUAAUUAGAUGUGCACUAGUUUUCAAAUGUUUAAUUUAAAUUGUAUUAUGGCAAUUUAGAAUAAAAUUCUAAAAAUUACUUCAAUAUAUAAAUAAGGAAUCUGGUAUUUUUGAACUGCAAUGAUUAGUUCUAACAAUAGAAUUGUCAUUUUAGUUGUGAAACCUGUGAUGGGCCAACAAAUACAGAUUGUUUAACUUGUGCUGAGUCAUCCAAGCGAUUAUUCUUAUCAUAAUUCAAAUCAUGCAUCUGUCCAUAUGGUAUGAUUGAUAAAAAUGAAAAUUGCUUAUCCUAUUAAGACUCUAAUUUCCAAAUAGAAGAGGAUUUGAAUCAAAUCCAAAAGUUAUAGUGUGAGUUUGGAUAUUUUGAAAUGGAUAAAGAAUGUAUUAAAUGGUAAUGAUUUUAAAUAUUAAGUCCAUCAAUAAUAAGUGACACUCAAGUAACAUGUUUAGAAUGUUUAAAUAACCCUACAUCUUGGCAUGAAGUUUCAGCUUGUUCAACUAAUUUAAUAUUAAAUAUUCGCAAUACAGCCAAAAUCUUAUAACAAAAUACAAUAUUAUACAAAUACAAUGGUGAUAGUCUAUAACCCUGCUUAUAUUGUUAAUAAAAGGGGUUACAAAUUCAAGAAGAAUAAUAUGAAGAACUAAAAUUGUUAAGCUAUGGAUUUAUUUCAUUUUGUUGGAAAAGUUUUGAUUAAUAGGUAUAGAAAUAUCAAUGCUAUGAAUGUCCUUUAAGUAAUUGUUUAGAAUGUAAAAUGCUUGAAACAGGUGCAGUUUGUGUGAGAUGUGGAUCUUCUAAUUAUAUAGAAAAUGGGAUUUGUACGUCUACACCACCAGCCGCAUCUUCACCAAAUGAGUGUCUUUCUCCUUACUAUAUUACUUCAAAUAAGGAGUGCAAGUAUUGUCCAAUAGAUAAGUGUAAAUAUUGCUUCGAAUUCUACGAUGAUGAUUUAUCAAAAUGCACUUUAUAUAAAGAUUUUGAACCAUUUCCUUUUAAUGAAUACCUUCGGAUAGGAUGUGCUUUAUGCUAUGAUGGGUAUAAUUUCAAUUUUUUAACUAAUUUAUGUGAGUAUUCGAAACCAAAAACAAAUAAUUGUUUAAGAGCAUUUAUUAAUGAAAGUGGUAAUGAAAUAUGCUUAUUAUCUUCAAGUGACGACUUCUCAAUUGCACCUGAAAUAAUAAAUUGCGAAAAAUACAUUCAAAAUUGUUUAUAAUGCAUUUUGACUAAAUAUUUUAUAAUCAAAUGUACGGUUUGUAAGAGUGAGUACACAAGCUCAACUUUAGAAGGAUAGUGUAAAUAAAGUAUUCUCUAAAAUUCAAAGAUCAACACUGAAGGAGAUAUAUACUAGUAAGAUGGCUGGGUAUAAUUAAUUCAAAGUUUUAUGAUGAACUUUCUACCUAACUAAUAUUAUUAUCCUUUUGGCACUAAAUGGAAAUAUUAAGAUAUGUCAAUUCAAUGUUUAGAUGGUUAUGCACGAAAUCCCUAUGGUAAAUGUCUUAAAUAUUGUAAUUCUAACUGUUUAUAAUGUAUAUAUAGCGAUCGAGAAUAAUAAGGAGAGAGAUAUGAAUGUAAAACUUGUCCCUUGAACUACUUUCUAUAACCAAUAAAAGUAUAGAAUUCCGGUAAUUGUGUUAAAUGCUCUUAAUUAUGUUAAGUAUGCUCUAUGAGAUCAAUUGAGGAAAUUUAAGUAAAUUUAUUUAUUUAUGAAUAGUCUAUUAAUUCUAAUUUUAUUCUUAAUGAUUAGAAUGAAAUUUAUCAAAUGAAAUGUAUUUAACAAAUUUAGGAUAGUAGGAUUUAAUUGAAUCCGUAUUUGUAAUUAGCGAAAUAUUGUUUUGAUGAUAAUUGUAAUAUGUAACUUUGGAUUCAGAUUGACAAAUAUCUUUGUUAAGAAUGCACUUGGGAAGCUUUUGAGAAUUAGAUCAUUAACUAUGAGUACUGUAAUGAAAUUGGAGUCACAACUAUUAAUAUGAGAAAAUAAUACGAGAUGUUUGAUGAGUAGAUUUAUUCUCCUCAAAAUCAUUUCGUUGAAAUCAAAUCCUUUUUAAAGGAAAAAAUAUUUUCAUUGUAGUUUCUUACUUUGUAAAUUAUCGGUUCUGAUAAUUAAAAAAUGAUUUUUAGCUAAGAUAGAAGACCCUUUAUAUUUAAUUUUGAUACAAUAGAAUUUCAUAAAUUUGCAUUUUCCCUAAGUAAUUCAGAUAUUUUAAGUAUUUUCAAUAAUAACUAAAAAGUUAAUUUAUUAAUCAAAGAUUGUAUAUUUAAUUCAAGUUAAAUCAUAAAUUCAGCUUCAAUUUUCUUUACUAGCAAAUAUGGGCAUUUAAAUUUUUUAAAUGUUUCAUUCAACAAUUUUAAUUUUACAAAUUCUUCCUUCUUAACGCUUUUAUCAUAAAGUGAAAUCUAAACAAUUACAAUCAAAACCCUUUCUUUGAAAAAUUGCUCAUUUAUAAACUCAAAUUUAUUUUAAUUUGAACUUAGUUAAUUUAAGAUAUUAAUUGAAGAUAUUAAAAUAGAUUAUUGUCAAUUUAAAAACUCCUCUAUAUUUUUAUUUACUUCUAAUUCUAUUAUGGACAAAAUGAUCCUAUUUAAUUAGAUUACAGUCAAAAACAGUGUGUUUUAUUAGUCAUCAAUAAUAAAUAGCACUGAUCAGUAUUAACUAAGAAUAUAGUAUUUGAAUAUUGAAUCAAAUACUUUUUAAGAAUCUAAAGCAAUUAUACAUCUGAAUAAUUUUUCAAUUUUUUAUGUUGAAGUCAUAUCGAACAGAUUUAUUUAAUCUGCUUUAAUUGUAGUUGAAGUUGUUCCUUCCUCAUUAGCAUUAUGCGAAGUUAAUUAAAUUUCGGUAGAGAAAAAUCUUAUUUAGCAAUCAAAUAUCUUGAAGCUAACUACAAUUUCUCAGUUCAACAGUUUUAUUGUGUAAUUAAAUAACAUCCUUUUUAAAGAAGAUUCUGAGGAAAGUAAUUCAUCUGUUUAGAGUUUAUUAGUAACUGUUUCUUGUUAUAAAUUACUGGUCUAAAAUUUUCAAAUAAUUAACUCAAAUAAUUUAUAGGUGUUAUAAUUUACAAAUGUUUAAGAGAUCUAAAUUUCGAAUUUAAUUUAUGAAAAUGAUUAUAUAUAAAAUAAGAUUCCAUUAUCUUUGGAUUGUGUUAAUUCAUUUGAUUUAAAAAAUCAAUUAUUAGAAACAAUUGAUUGCAAGCACAUUAAGAUUGCAAAUGUAAGAGUCACUAAUUUCUAAAGCUCAGAUUUGGCACUACUUUACUUGAUGUCAACUAAAUACGAUAUAAGUAUCGCACAUGAGAGAAUAGAUUUAGAAAAUUUUCAUUUCCGUGGAAAUUUACUAUCAAAGCAAUCUUUGACUAACUUUAUAUCCUUAGUAUCUAUUUAUUCAGAAAACCCACAGUUAAUUACAAUUAAAGAUUUCUAUUUUGAAUCAAAUAUUUUUCAUUAACACAUUGAUGAUCCAUCUGAAACUUUUGCUAGUUUAAUUUAUAUUUAUUCACCAAAAAGUGAAGUAGAUAUCAUACAUUUAUCAUCAUCAAAUAAUGUUUUAACUAAUUCUUCUUCCUCAUUUAUAUCAAUUACAUCAAAAGUUGUGAAAUUAUUUAAUUACACUGCUGUUAAUCAUAAUAUUGCUAAUUAAACAUUAUGGAGUAAAUAUUACUAAAUCAAAUUUGAGUAGAAUCAAGAACAGAGUUAAAUUAAUUCAAUAAUUUCUUAGACUUUUAAAUUUAAUAACAAAGGGGGAGCAUGCUUAAUAGCAGCAUCAUCAUUUAGUUGUCUGAAAAGUAGUUUUACCAACAUUCUCUCUUAAAGAAGUUCUUUAUUUGAACUAAAAACUCAAGGACAAGGAAGUAUCAUAUUAUCUAAUAUUAACAUCAAUUCACUUAACAAUGAUUUGUUAUCUAUGGUUGAUUAUCCAGGAUCCAUUUACAUAUACUCAGUAAAUAGUCUCUUAGAUCUACGUAUCGAUAGGAUUAAUUUCUAAAAUGUAUUUAAUAGAAAGAGCUCUUCCAUAUUUACAAUAUUUCCCUCCCAAAAGUACAAUUAUAUAAGCAUAUCAAACAUGUAACUGACAAAUUGUAUAUCCUUAAUAAACUCAUUUGCAAAAAUUGAGUUUACGUUGGAUAACAAGUAUUCAAAUAAGCUAUUCAUUGAAAAUGUCACUAUUUUAUAGAAUGAGGAUAUGUGGAUUAAUUAUUUUUAAAAAAUAGGAUAAUUAGGUUCUUUAGAGAUAUCUGAAAUUAUUACUGAAAAUUCUCUAAUUUACAUUAAAGGUGGACAUGUAUAGAUUAAAAAUUUUUAAUUUCAAGGAGUAUUUAUCACCUAAUUAUUAUACAUUCAUAGCCCUAAUAAAAUAUUAAUUUAAAAUAUCUAGAUAAAUUAAAUUCAAACCUUUUACCCUUUAAAUUUAAUAGAGAUCAAUUUGUCUCAAGAUAUACAAUCAUAAGUGUUUUUUCAUUCUAUUAAUGUCGAAAAGUUUAAAAUAUAUGAAGUUACUAAUUAAAAUACUCCAGACAAUAUACAAAAUGUAAUUUAUUCAAUAAUUGGAUGUUCUAUUAUUAAGCAAAGCUUACUUGAUGACGAUACCUUUAAGGAAUAUUCAUUGUUUGAUAGUUCAAUAUAUAAAUUAUAGCUUAAUGCGUAAUAAUCUGGCUCGAUUAUUUACUUGAGUAGUGCUUCAAAUAAGGCGUUUAUAUAUUUUACCUUUAUUAAUCUUUUGAAUAACAUCUGCCAUAAGUGUUUAUAAGGACUUAUAAAUUUAUAGGUCGAUAAUAAUUAUAAAGUUUAGAUUUCGGAAUUACAUUGUAUUGGUAAUUACAUUGAGCAGUUUGGUUGUUUAAAUUUAGAAUCAAAAGAUUCUUCAUCUUCAAAUAUCAUCUAAAUUACUUAAUCAGUCUUUCUUAAUAAUAAUGGCACUUAAGGAAUCGCUAUUAAAUCUUCAAAGGUUAAGUUACAUUUAUAACAAUGCCUAAUCAUGUACAACAAUGCAAAUUAAGCUGGAGGUGGAUUGCAUUUGGAAAUAAGCACCUAAGAUCUUAAAUUGAAACAGGUUUCAAUUCAACAUAACAUAGCAAAGGAGGGAGGGGGAAUAUAUUUUAUUGGUAAUUCUAAUUUGAAUUCAUAAAAUUUUCUACAAUCAUCAGUAAAUUUCAAUAGGGCAAUAUAAUAAGCAAAUAAUCUUGUUGAAUCUCCAACUCAUUUAGUGUUAUCAAUUAAUUCAAUUGAAUUGAAUUCUAGUUCAUUCAUAAUUAAUGGCACCUAAACAAAUAUGUUAUUACUCCAACCUUAUAAAAUUCUUGAACAAGGAAAACUAAUUUUAACAAAGUACUUAUUGAUGCCCAGCAAUCAAUAAAUCACAAAAUUUUCCAUUUUUAAUCCAUAAGUGUAAACAUACUAAUCAUAUAUUGAGAGUAUCUAAGUUCUAUUCAAAAAUAGUCAAAAUGAGAUUCUGCCAUUUAUUUCAGAUUGUUCUUGUCAAAUAGAAGAAAAUAUAAUUUUUAACAAUUAAACUGUUAUUCAAGGACCAUUGAUAUCAAAAAAUGAAAAAUUAAACUCAUAAACAAAUUCUUUGGAUCUUGGUUCUUUAGAAUUUGAGUUUAAUCCAUAUUAAGAAGAAUAUUCUCAUUACUAGAUAAAUAUUAAAUGUUUUUUAGAACAAUCCUCUAAAAUGCUCUAAUAUUUUUUUAAAGCCAAAUCUUUUAAAUGCUAAUUAGGAGAGUUUAAAGUAGAAAGUGGCUGUUAAAAAUGUUAACCAAAUUAAGGGUAUUAUUCUGUUACAUAUAAUGCAACAAAGUGCUCAAUUUUUGAUCAAACAAAAUUUGAGAAUAUUACUCAAAAUAGUUUAUAAUUGCAGAUGGGAUAUUGGAGACCUAAUUAUUUAUCUGACUCAACUGAAUAUUGCUUUAAGAACCCAAAAUAUUGUAAGGGUGGGUGGGAAGUUGGAAAUUAUCUUUGCGUCUUAGGACAUAUUGGAGGAUUGUGUGAAGAAUGUGAUAAAUACAAUAUUCAAGGAUAUGGAAAUUUCUUUAAAGAUUAAUAAAGUUUGGUAUGUCUAAAUUGUUUCUAAUUUUAAGAUAGCAUUUUGCCAUUUAUUCUAACUUCAUUUUGGUAUUUAUUGUUUCUAUCUUAGGACUUUGUUAUCAAUACUCAUGACGUUAAAAAGUAUUGAUAAAACUAAUACACUAUUUACCUAACUUAAAAUUAGAUAAAAAUUUAAUUACAUUAUUUUCAAACUUGAUCAAGGUAAUAAUUGAAAAUAUCAAUUAUAGAUCACGAAAGUAUUUUAUUAAAAAUGUUACUGAAUUAUUUUUGGAUUUUUUCAGUAAUUUUCUCUUUUAAUAUCAAAUUUACUUUUGCCCUUAGUUUUAUAAAUCAUGCUGGUAAUCCAUCAUUUUUUAUGGCUAAUAAUUUAGAUUGCUACUUAUAAGAAAUAUCAGAGAUAGAAUUGAUAUAUUCUAGAAUUAUAGCAACGAUAACAUUAAUAAUCUUAUAAUUAUUGAUCAUAUGCAUUGGAUUUGCAAUAUAUUCAUUAGUUUCCAAGAAAACUUUCAAUAGAAGCAUGAUAUCAGCCACUUGUUUAUAUCUGUAUGUUUCAAAUUAUGCGGCAAUAAUUAAAUAGUAUAGAAAUGAUAUUUAUUAGAUUUUGCUCAAUUUUAUCAAGUAGAAGAAUUUCAGACAUUAAUUAUAUUCAAGGGGAUGUAUCCUUGGUUUUUGGUUAUGAGAAUCAUUAUACUUGGAUCUAGACUUUUAUAAUUCCAGGAUUAGGCUUUUUUGGAUGUUGUAUACCUUUUUCGCUUUUUUUUUUAAUGUUUAUCAAGAAGGAUUAAUUGGAUGAUGUUAAACUUAGGAGACACAUUUGUUAUUUGUUCAACGAAUAUAAUUCAGAUAAAUAUUUUUGGGAGGAGAUUAAAUUGGCUAAGAAAACUAUUAUAAUUAUAAUUAUGACCUACUUUGAAAUCAAUAUCCUCUUAAAGGCAUCGCUUUUGGGAUUGUGCCUAUUAUUUUAUUAAUUAUUGGCAGUUCAAAACAAGCCAUACAUUAUAUCUAGCUUAAAUAAUUUGGAUUUGUAGACGGGACAAAUAUGUUCCAUAGCCAUUUUUCUAGCCUCUGCUCUGUAUGUAUGCGAUCAAUAAGAUCAGGUGUUUUUUUCUGUUUUACUUCAGGUUUUAAUUACACUGCUAUGCAUAAAAUUAUGCUUUCCCUUUGUUUUUGAUAUUUCGAGAGUUUACAUAAGAAAGUAUAGAAUUUAAUGUGUAUCAUUGCUAUUGAAGUUAUUCUAAUGUAUUAAUGGAAAUUUCUGUUUGACAACUUACUUAAGUUAAUACAAAAAAAAAUUGAUCGAAAGGGAUAAAAGGUUAAAACUACGCUUUUUUAAAUUGAAGCAAUUUCUACUUUCAAUUUCAAAAGCAUAAAUAAAAUAACAAAGGUAAUUUUUAUUAUAUUAUUUUAGAUAUAUGACUGUUUUGAUGGGUUCUCAAUCAUCUGUUAGAGUUAAAUUGAAUACCUCCGAAAUAGAGUAAAGAAAACUUGUAAAAAUUGAAUUAGAGAGAUUAUUUGAAACAAGUAAUUGA